ACGUGGCCGAUUCUCUUUGGAAGAAAUCCCACCAAAUAACAUAAUAUAAUUUGAACAUUUUUGUGAUUCUUUACACUAUAUUCCUAUAUAUCUGCCUUCAAUCUUCUUGCUUGUAGACUUGGGUUUUCCACUCCCAAGUCUUCCAUUUUUAUUUUCUCUCAAAAGUCUUUGCCUUUUCUCCCCUUCUUAUUCUUCUUCUUCACUCUGGUUUCUGAACUGAAAAUAGAUUCUUGGUGGCUGAUCCUUUCCUCUGUUUCUUGUUCAAUUUGGUGUCCUUAGUGGAAGCUAAUUCUGAUGAUUUGCUUGCGUUUGAUCCUUCUUCUUCUUCGUUGUUUUGCUGAUUUUACAGACUGAUUAAGCUUCUUCUUGCUUUGUAAUUCUGUUCUUUAUAUCCCCAAUUGUAAUUUGUGAUCCUAACCAAAACGCUCCCUCAGGCUUGUUAGAGUGAUUGUUCUUUCAGAUCUAACAUGUCUGUGGAAGACAUGGCUUCCUUGUCGGAGCACGGAAUCGACUGCCGCCGGAAGCAUUCAACUUCCCGGGACUGUACUAAACUGAAGCAAAAGCUUGUUAGGAUCAUCGUCACCGACGCUGACGCCACUGAUUCUUCUAGUGAAGAUGAACUGAUUUUGGGAUCAAGAACGGCAAUUAGGAGACAAGUAAGAGAAAUCACUAUUAAACGUUACUCUGUUCUUGAUGGGUCUACAGCAAAAUCCCCUGUUUCGGAGAUUUGCAAGAAGCGGAACCCUAGAUCACGAAGGUCUAAUAAACCAUCUCGCCGGAAAAAGUUCAGAGGAGUCCGUCAGAGGCCGUGGGGUCGGUGGGCGGCGGAAAUCCGAGAUCCGAUUCGCCGGAAACGGAUUUGGCUCGGAACCUUCGAUACGGCGGAAGAAGCAGCAGCGGUUUAUGACCAAGCUGCUGUGAAACUCCAGGGUCCAAACGCCACAACGAACUUCUCCGGUGACGGAGCAGUUACAACGGCGGGCGACGGCGGUAGCAAGGAGGAAGACGGCUUAGAAUCGCGGAAAACGACGGCGGCUUGGUCACCGGCUUCAGUGCUCCAUUACGACAGCGUAUUAACUCCGAUUGAGGAGAUGCUGUAUUGUGGAGAGGUUGAUGAGUUUGGAUUGGCCAUGGCGCCGGCGAGCUUGCCGGCGGCGAGGAGGCAGUGCGGCGGCGACGAAGAUUUCGGGGAGUUGGAGCUGGACUUGGACUAUUUCUUGGUUGACGUCAUUUACUAAGGGAAGAAGGUUCCGAAUAGCGUGGAAUGUCUAUUAAUAUUCAACGACGUUACGGAUUUAAUAUUAAUGAUGAUAAAUAUAUAAAUAUAUUAUAUUAAAUAUUAGGUGAAAUUGUGAUGUGGCUGAAAUUAAUUAUAAAUGACAAGUAUGUGGGAGUGUAAUAUUGUGAUUUUUUAUUCCCAUCAA